GCGGCUGGGCCGGGCCGGCGCCAUGUUCACCAGCACUGGCUCCAACGGGCUCUAUAAAGCACCUUUGUCAAAGAGUCUGUUAUUAGUUCCAAGUGCCAUCUCGAUUCUACUGACUCUGCUCUUCCAACAUUAUCAGAAGUUCUUUGCAUAUAACCUACAAGCUAUAAAAGAGGAUUUUCAGAUUUGGAGACUUGUUUGUGGGAGAGCAAUAUGUCUUGAUCUGAAAGACACAUUCUGUAGCAGUCUGCUCAUUUACAACUUUAGAAUAUUUGAAAGAAGAUACGGCAGCAGAAAAUUUUCAUCCUUUUUACUGGGUGCUUGGAUGCUCUCAGCUUUGUUUGAUCAUCUCCUUGUAGAAAUCACUCAGUAUAUAUUUGGGAUCACCAUCAACAGCUUGCCUUCUGGUUUCUUGGGUCCUGUGUUUGCUCUGUUUGUACCGUUUUAUUCCUCCAUUCCAAGAGUGCAGGUGACACAAGUAUUAGGCCACUUUUCUAUCACAAACAAGACACUGGUCUAUAUAUUGGGUUUACAGCUUUUAACCUCUGGUUCCUACAUCUGGAUUUUAGCCUUAAGUGGAUUGGUUUCUGGGAUUUGCUACAAUAGCAAUAUAUUAAAAGUUCAUCGAAUUCUUUGUGUACCCAGCUGGGUAGCAAAGAUAUUUUCUUGGACUCUUGAACCAAUCUUCUCAUCUGCUGAACCAACAAAUGAAGUUCGAGUGGGAAUGGGAGCAACAGUUGACAUCCAGAGGCAGCAGAGAAUGGAGUUACUGGAUCGUCAAAUCAUGAUGUCUCAGGUUGCCCAAAUGAGGCGGCAAAGGCAGCAGCAGGGUGGGAUGAUUAACUGGAAUAGACUGUUUCCUCCUUUACGUCAUAGACAUAAUGCUAAUUAUCAAGAUCAUCGCCCAUCUGAACAAGACACACCUCCACCUACCGAGGUUUCUGAAGAGCAGGUUGCACGACUUAUGGAAAUGGGAUUUUCCAGGGGAGAUGCUCUAGAAGCUCUGAGGGCUUCAAAUAAUGACUUAAAUGUAGCCACUAAUUUUCUACUGCAGCACUGAUGGUUUUCUGUGCGAAGGAACUUCACUUGAUGGGUUUGUACACGUCUGAAAGAGGAUCAAAGCCACCUGCUGGACAGACUCACGAAGGUCGUCCCCGCAAGAGCGUCAGAAAGGAGAAACUGGCUCCGCGUGACUGGUGAUUCAAAGUGAUGUUAAUGAAUGACGUGAACUGUUCCCAAGCCUUCAGAUCACUUGGUGGUUUCUAGUCUGGUUAUCCUUUUCAAAGUAACUUUAGUUUCUACUUAUUACUGGAUAUCACCUAAAUUUAUUUUUAAAAUAAAGUAGGUGGUUUUUUUCUUGUGAAUCCUUGUUAGACAUGUUAUCAGACUUAAUGCCUAGGAAAAGAAGCUUCAACAGCCACGACGACCAGAUUUACCUAUCAAGAAAAAUCGUAUUUUCUUCAUUUACCAGUCUAAUUUCUCUGGCUUAUGUGUUAUUUUACAGUACUUGAUUUUUGAUUACAGUAAUAAGAGGUUUGAAGAUCACUUCAUUUUCAACUCAGUAAAGGGUUAUGGGACUACUGUGUCAUUCUUCAGAGAGUUUUAUUAAUGCCUGUACUAUUUUCUCUCUUGAAUUCCUUUUUAAAUAAAAGUUGUCAUUCAGCACAUAAUACACAGAUAGGAUGUGAGAAAAUUAAUGUGCAUAUUGCAAGCUAUGGGAAGUGACCACUGUAAAUUUGAAUUUUUACAAACUGAGUGAAUUGCUAUUCAGAUACAGGUCAUGAAGAUAUUCACUGGAAGCAAUAAAGGUGAAACAAAUGAUACAAUAAGAUCAGAACUUAAAUCAUUUAAUCCAUGUCUGAUUCAGACAGACUUCUGUAACGAUGGAUGUAUGCUCAGUGUUCUAUAUGCUGGUUUCAUUUUUUGAGCUGGCUACGUACUGUCUUAAAAGAAAAUGAUAAAAAGCUAACUUUUCUAUAUAUAACUCUAGUUUUCUACUGUCAAAGAUGUGGAUGACCCUGCAUUUGCUGAAUCCUCGCUGUCUGAAGCAACUUACUGUUGAUCACAGACUGGAGUAUUAACCUUAAGGGUGAUUCAGGCUAACACAGGAGGUAACAGGAUGCUAAUGCCAAGGUAGUACAAUAUUGGUUUUAACGUUUAGAUUGAUAAAUAAACUUAACUUGGCUUGACUCUCAGAAGUGCUCAGUAUUAGCUCCUUAGGAGUGUCAGGAGGUGGGGUGGAGAGAGGUGAACAUCUCUAUAAAACCAAGCUGAAGUAAUACAAGAUUCCAAACUGUGACUCUGUGAAACCAAUCUACGCAUGUAUCUCAAGCAUUUAAUGUAUGUUUCUGGAUGUACUUUUGUUUGUACAUUGUGUGUAUGUAUGUGUCUAUUUAUAUACACACGGGCAUAUUUAAUACAUACAUACAUUUAGAAUAAGAUAUAGGUCAUCAGAAGCAUAACAAAGGCAAUAGCAGGUGCCAAGGGGAGGAGGUGAAAGA